AUGGAACAACUUCAAGAGAUGUUUGGACACAAAUCUGGGCAAGCUCAUUUCGAAGCCAUCAAGAAGUAUGGAAAUGCUAGGAUGGCAUUGACGACGCAUGUUCGUGAUCAUUUCAUAAAGAUGACAAACUAUUUUCAGGAGGCUGAAUUACAUGAAGCCACCAUAGACGAGGAAACUCAAGUAAGGCUCAUCCUAAAUAGCCUUGCUCCUACUUUUCUGACGUUUACCAUAAACUACUUCUUGAACAAGCUGAAUUGUGAGAUGACUCAAUUCUUGAAAGAAAUUCAGAUGUAUGAAGCAAUUAAUGGUGGACUGAGCAAAGGAGGAGAGAAGAAAUGGCUUCUACUACUACAACUACUGCUGAGGGUGCCCAGGUCGAAGCUAACCUAG